CCAAUCAUUUGUUAGCAGCUUUCCAGCCGAUCCUCAACACCCGCGCAGCUCUCUCUCUCUCGUCCAAAGUUUUACCGUGGUAAUUCACGAUGGUCAAUCUUCUAGUUUACUCAGGGCCUGAAGUUCUUCCUGCUGCGCUCAGGACCACGCUAUCGCACCUUGCGCGCAUUCUUCUGCCAAAUUACACCAUCCAGCCUAUCAGUGUACCAGUUUUGCUGAAUCAGCCAUGGACAGCUAAUUGUCAGGUCUUGAUUUUCCCUGCGCUGAAAACGAUUACUGGAAGUGCAGGGAUAGUUGCGGGAAUACCACCUCGACUCAAUGGAGCUAUCAACGAUUUCCUAGAAGGAGGAGGAAAUAUUUUGUGCUUGAAUGCAGCUGGAAGAAUAACCAGAGGGCUUAGAGGACGAGGGCUGGGAGGUAUCGGAGGUAUGGGAGCUGUAGCCCAGCAUCUUCAUGGAUCAUCGGGAAGCAACGCCUCUGAUUUAGAAAGCGAAGACUUUGCUUUCGUGGAUCGCACCACAGGUCUUACAAUUUCACCUAUAUCCUUGCCAGAAUCAUCGCAAAAAAAGGAUCCGUCGACGAGGAGGAUCAGAGGCGAAGGUGGGCCUAGUGGUGGGGAACCAGUAGAAGGUAUUGUCGAAGGAAAUAUGCCUCAGUUUGAAUUUGAGAGUAGUGGAGGCGCGGGAUUGACGAAUAAAAUGGAAAUUUUGGCUGAAUCGAUGGAACAGGAUGGUUCACAUAUCGCUGCGCUCAGAUGUCAAAUCGGGAGCGGAUUUGUGACGUUUUGGGCGCCGAACCUGGAGAAUCUGUCGGAAGAAGGCUCAUCGGCGCCUACAAAUCUAUCCUCGUCCUCGUCAUCUUCCCAAUUGAUCCUACUGCGCUACGUUCUCUCUCGUAUUGGACUAAAGCCCCCGCACCCGACCGCGGGUCACGUCUCCCGCCCGUUGCCUCAGCUUCUACUCUCAACCCCGGAUAAACCCGGGUUAGUUGAGGCUGUGGUCCGUGGCCUAUUAGGUUCUGUCCCAGGCGCAGGAUCUGUCAAGUUUCAGGAUACAAACGACACAUUCGAGUUUCAUGGUUAUGAUGAGGGCUUGGCUAUUCUAAGGCAGAUGAGAAAGCAAGGCCAUAUCGAGUCUGCUGACGAUGGCCAUCCCCAUAAACCCUCAAACAUAUCGCAUAUAGCCAUCUGUCCAAACGGAAUCGUACCUUCUGUCGAGGACACGCCAUUGUUCGAUCUUCGAACAUACUUCAACCUCCUCAAGGAGGCAAGAACGAGGGAAGAAUGUAGGAGAGAUGUUUCUGGUUUCGGAGAGACAUUGAUCUACGGACAGGUCAUUGGUAGUACACAAACUUUGUUUGAUAAAAACCCUCGCUUUCUUUCUUCUCUUAUACCAUCCAUCCCAAUCCUCUCUCUUGGCUCUCACCAACUUUCCGGUCGUGGACGUGGUGCAAACGUCUGGAUAUCACCGUCAGGCUGCCUGCAAUUCUCGUUAUGCAUGCCCAAAGUCCCACUAUCUCCUCAUUCUCCAUACAUAAACACGAUCUGUUCAUCAUCCUCGUUUUCAUCUCUAACUCCCUCCUACAUACCUCCCUCAAAACUGGUGUUUAUCCAAUAUCUCUUCGCACUAGCCGUCGUGGAAGCAUGCUCUCAUCCUUUGAUCCUCGGUCCUACCCUAGGAGCCAACGUACGGCUCAAAUGGCCUAACGAUAUAUAUGUUUGCUACGGUAACCCCUCCCGUCCCGAGCGCGCGGAGAAAAUCAAGAUCGGUGGUAUCCUUGUUUCUACCUCAUUUGCACCGGGGGGUCACGAAGCCUCCGUGGUAAUAGGAUGCGGCCUCAAUGUCCUCUGUCGACAUCCGCUCUUUUCCCUCAUGCGAGUAGGUAAACCAACGCUAUCGACUCCGUAUAGAGACCCGUGUUGUCCAACUUCGAUGCAGGAUGAAUUGGAACAUUUAAGUAUGGAAGGUACUUUAGCGACGAUUUUGGCGAGGUUUGAGAAGAUGUGGGAGGAGUUUUUAGGUGGUGGGGGAAGUUUUGAGAGGUGGAUGGGGAGGUAUCAGGAUAAAUGGUUGCACAGUGAUCAACUUGUCCGACUCACGACCGUCGACCCACCCAUGAUGGUUCGGAUUUGCGGGAUCACGCCUGACCAUGGGUUGCUUAGGACUUUGCCUGAGCGGAACCAACCUGGGCGUACAAAUCAGGAAGGGUUCAUAGACCUUCAACCAGAUGGGAAUAGCUUCGACCUCAUGGCGGGGUUGAUUAAGGUCAAGGGAUCUUAGUACGCAGCGCGGCGAGGUUGAAAAUGCUCAUCUAGACUGUGUAGGUGUGUGCGUGUGCGUCAUGACUGGGACUAUUGUCUUCCCUUUUCACAAAACUAAAUUCAUUUUACCCAUGUUGUUACGGAUUCGAACUGUUGUGGUAUCUGUAUCAUAUCCUACAUAUACCUUGUCGAUAUGCUUUCAAUUUCCGUUCUGCGUCUUGUAACAGUGUAUAUUAUGUAAAACUAUGGAUAAAACCACUCUUCUGUCUUCAGACGUAUUGAAAGUGACUUGCAUGCAACU